AUGACGGGACCCCUUGAGAUCCCGACGCGACCUGAGCAGCUCACGACCCAUUUCCUGCAGCAGAUUCUGCGCCCGUCUCUUCCGACAGCUCAGGUGGUCGAUUUCCAAUGGAGCCCUAUGAAUAUUGGCGUGAUCGCAGAGGUGGUGACGAUCACCGUGGCGUGUGAGAGUCGCGAUGGCGACAGUGCAGUGAAACGCACGACACGGCGCUUCGUGGCGAAGUUCUUGCGGCCAGAGUUCCCGUUCGAGUCCAUGUUCGUCGUCGAGUCGACUUUCUAUGCUGAGCUUAUGCUGGAAACAGGCCACUCGGUUGAGGGCGACUCGGCGGUCGUCACGGGAUUCCCGUUCGCGAUCCCACGAGCCGUUUUCACGUCCAAUGUGCUGAUUGUGAUGGAGUGUGUCGAGUCCGUGAAGACCUAUACGUGCGUGGAGGGAAGUCCGCCGCAGUACAUUUCGAGGCUGGUGGUAAAACUCGCCCAGAUGCACGCUCGCUUCUGGGGCCAUGACUGCGAUGGGCUGGCGACCCCGGCAGGAAUAGGCAGUCAACUGACGGGUGAAGAGAAGUGUCUGCGGUUUCCAGGUUGCUGGAAGGAGUUCGUCGACGAUAUCCCGCUGGAAAGCAGCGAUAGAGCUCGACUGACAUCGCUGUGUCAUCGACUGAGCGACAAGCCCGACGUGCUCAAAGUGCUGCACGAUACGGUCGAAGACGGACCGUCUUCGUUGAUUCACGGCGACUUUCAUAUUGCUAACGUGCUGAUACCAGCGAGUGGCUCGGACGAGACCACGUGGCUCCUGGACUGGGCGACGUGUGGAAAAGGCAAUCCGCUGCGUGACCUCGCCUUUUUCUUCAUUGUGAGUGUGCGGACUGAUCAUCGUCGAGAACAAGAAGGCGAGUGCCUUAAAAUGUAUCACACGGCACUGACGACUGAAGCGGGCGCUGAGCGUUUGUCGCUGGAGGAGCUGCGUCAGUGUUACAAAGUGUGUGUACUCAACCAGUUCUUGAUCCUCGUCGUCUUUGACAAACUGAGCAAGAGCCUCGCGGCCAAAGCAACGAGUGAGAAACUUCGCGUGGACCUGGACAGCCAUUUUCGAGAAGUGAACCGUCGCGCGUGCUUGAGCGUUUUGGACAACAUCAAUGAGAAGGAUCUCGAGCGUCUGGAAACUUGCUGUGCGUGA